GAGUAUUCAGUCCCGUCUGUCCAAAAGAUUUGAAAUGAGAUGUGCAACAAGAAAAAAAAAAAAAAAAAAAAUCUGUUUCUGACAAAAAGGUAUGCACCUGCAUUUGCAUCACUAGUAUUUAUUUGGGAAAUCCUUUAGACUGCAAAACUAUAAACGACAAAUAUGUUCCAUCUAUAAAUAUAUGUGCUGGCUGGUCUCUAUUUACUCUUUACUAGUACGAACUAGCUGAUCAGUUCUCUCAUAUUCAUUCUUUCUCUCAUUCUCCAUCUCUGUUCCACACUAGCUUACUAUAUCUUGCUAGUUAACCAUGAACAGGCCGUUCAAGAAAUCUCAAAUCCUAAUGCUGUCUCUCCUAGCUAUUCUUCUUGUAAUUGCACCUCUUUUAUCUUCAUCACUAAGGCCUACUUAUCUCUACUUCAUCAUUAAUUUCCUCAUCAUCGCCCUCGGCGCUGAAGCCGGCCUUCUCUCCUUCUUUUCCAAGCCUUAUUCCGACGACAAAAAGAAUACCUCUCUCGCUCAUCAAAAGCCUGCAGUGGUGACUCACUCAGUACCUGAUCAUAAAAAGGGUAGUGCUGUUAAUUCCAACUCCAAGCCUAUUUGUAGUAGUGAUGUUGAUCGAGAAAAGGUUGUUCCUGAAUGUGACGAAACUACUAAAGCUAAUAAGGUUGUUGAGAGAUCGAUGUCCGAGAAGACUACAGGCAGUGUUAGAUCGUCGGCGGAGAGAGUGAAAAAGUGUCCCUCCACGCCAAGCCUUUUCUUCAUAGGAGGAGGUGAGGCAGAAGCAGAGAUGGAUAUUAAUGGAGACAAUUACUAUCAAGAAGAAGUGGAGGUGGAAGAGGAGGAGGAAGAAGUUGGUGAAAUCAGUGGGCAAGAACUUUUCGCAAAAGCCGAGACGUUCAUUGGGAACUUCUACAAACAGUUGAAGAUGCAGAGGGAAGAGUCGUGGAAGAGGAUUCAUGGCUUCUAUCAGAGAGCCUUCUGAGCUUAAUUAAUUAUAUAUUAAUUAAACUCUACCUACCCUUUUAGAAAUAUAAAGUUUUUUAUUAUGAUAAUUGGUAAGAUGGAAAUCCAUCCAAUUCUGUUCAUGGUUUUUACUUUUUUUUGGAUUUUGUACAGGUUUUUUAGUUAGCAUAAACAGAGAUCGACCACGGGUUAUAAUUAAUAUAUUCCUGUUUUACAACAGGGAUAUAGAUUUAGUCUAAAGCUUUUAAUUAUGCACCUUAUGCAAAUUUAUGUGACACGAUUGUCGUGUAAUGAAAAAUUAAUUACAGACAUAUAUAUAUAUAUAUAUACAGAUUUCCUUUUA